UUCGAAAAUUAAUAUCAUAUAUUUCUUAUACAGUUCAUAUUCCUUUUUACAGUUUGAACAAUAAAUUCAAUUGAAAUUUACAGUUACGCCUAAUACAAGACUAAGUGAAAGAAACUUUUUAAUCGGCUGAUAUGUGACGCCCGAUUGAAAAUGGCCAAGGGGCAAAUUCUUAUGUUCUUUUAGAAUAUAAAACAGAAUCACGCGACAUUGUCGAUAUUAGUUCAGUUGGUGGUGUGCAUUUGCUGAAUAAUCUGGAAACUUAGAAGAAACAGAUAAGAAUAAAAUGCGUGGAUCAGUGAGAGAAAGAGAGAGAGGGAGAUAGAGUAAUAAAUGAAGAAAUAUACAUGAUCAAAUCAGUGGGGGUUUCGUUAAUGUGAUUCGGAGUCUUGAAUUUGCGAGUGGUUCGAUACGUCCUGUAGGGUCAAUAGAGAAGAUCGCCGCGCAGUAGAGCGACUCCAGAGCAAUUCGCAGCAGUUCGUAUUGAACGCUUCAAGGAAACGGUUCGUUGUUCAUUUUAGUAAGAUCGGUUCGCCUAAACAAAAUGGUUCGUGAAGUUGAUCUACAGAAAUUAAAGGAUCAGGCCAAUAAGCUUCGUAUACUUAGUAUACAGGCUACACAAGCCAGUAAGAGUGGACAUCCUACAUCAUGUGCAUCCAUGGCCGAAAUUAUGUCAGUCCUCUUCUUCCAUACUAUGAAGUACAAGGUUUCAGCUCCCAGGGAUCCAAGCAGCGACAGAUUUAUCUUGAGCAAGGGUCACGCAGCCCCCAUUCUUUAUGCUGCAUGGGCAGAAGCUGGACUUUUCCCAACGAGCGAGCUGUUGAAUUUGAGAAAAUUCGACAGUGACCUCGAGGGUCAUCCGACCCCAAGAUUAAACUUUAUCGACGUUGGAACUGGAUCCUUGGGUCAGGGUCUUUCUGUUGCUGCUGGUAUGGCCUACGUGGGCAAGGUCUAUGACAAGGCUAGCUACAGGGUCUACUGUCUUGUUGGGGAUGGAGAGUCUGCUGAAGGUUCUAUCUGGGAAGCACUCCAUUUUGCUUCUCAUUACAAUCUGGAUAAUCUCUGUGUGAUCAUCGACAUUAACCGUCUUGGUCAGAGCGAACCGACGGCUCUUCAGCAUAACAUGGAGACUUACCGUAAGCGUCUCGAAGCUUUUGGAUUCAAUGCAUUGGUCGUUGACGGUCAUGAUGUUGAGGAGCUGGCUAAGGCUUUCCACGAGGCACAAAACACCAAAGAACGUCCCACAGCACUUUUGGCUAAAACAUUUAAAGGAAAGAAUUUUCCUAAUAUCGAAGACCUUGAGAAUUGGCAUGGCAAGCCUCUUGGUGGAAAAGCUGAUGAAGUCAUUCAGCAUCUUACUUCGCUUCUGGUAAAUCCUGGUCCCUUGGGAUUGCAUCCUCAGAAACCUCUCGUGGAAGAUGCUCCCGCUGUGGACAUCAGCAACAUUAAACUGAACACUCCACCAAAUUACAAGCUCGGCGAAGAAGUUGCCACUCGCUUAGCCUAUGGAACUGCUCUUGCCAAGAUUGCAGCCAAUAAUAACCGCGUUAUCGCCCUUGACGGUGAUACGAAAAACUCCACGUUCUCUGAGAAAAUUAAAACGGUCGAUCCAAGCAGAUACGUCGAAUGCUACAUCGCUGAGCAAAAUCUUGUCGGCGUUGCAACUGGAGCUGCUUGCAGAGAUCGUACCGUAGCUUUCGUCUCGACCUUUGCCACAUUCUUCACGCGUGCCUACGAUCAGAUUCGGAUGGGUGCCAUCUCACAGUCGAAUGUCAAUUUCGUCGGUUCUCAUUGUGGAGUUUCCAUUGGUGAGGAUGGUCCCUCUCAAAUGGGUUUAGAAGAUAUUGCUCUGUUCCGUUCUAUUCCUGGUGCGACUGUCUUCUACCCAAGUGAUGCCGUGUCGACGGAACGUGCAAUAGAGUUGGCAGCCAACACCAAGGGAAUCUGCUUCAUCCGCACAUCACGUCCUAACACACCGGUCCUUUACGCGAACGACGAACCUCUGAGCAUCGGCAAGGCUAAGGUGGUCAAAUCUUCUCCGAAGGAUCAAGUUCUUGUAAUCGGUGCCGGAAUUACUCUGCACGAGGGUGUGAAAGCUGCGGAGGAAUUAGCCAAGGCUGGAAUCAACGUGCGCGUUCUGGAUCCUUUCACCAUUAAGCCUAUAGAUGCUGCUACUAUCAUUAAAAAUGCCAAGGAGGUUGGUGGUAGAAUUGUGUCCGUUGAAGAUCAUUACCCAGAGGGUGGUCUUGGAGAAGCCGUGGCAUCAGCUGUAGCACUCGAGAGAAAUAUUAUUCUGAAGAAACUGGCUGUACCCAAGGUACCUCGUUCUGGACCACCAAAUGUUCUUCUUGACGCUUUCGGUAUUAGCGCUCGUAACAUUGUUGCCGCUGUACAAGAAGUUUUGAAGCUCUAAUUGAAGUACUACUGAUAUUACUGCUUGUAACAAAGUACCAACUUAACGAAUCCAAUAAUUCAAUGAACGUUCGAGUCGCUCAUCCAUUUUAGUUCAUGGGUAAUUUGCUCAAUUCGAGAUCUAAAAGAUUUGAUUGAGUCCCAGUGAAUCAGCAGUACAAAGUAAAUUCGAUGAUAUCUGUUUUCCUGAUGGUCAGCGCUACCGUAUAUACACAUUCCUCGGAUAAUCACAACUUAACCACGAUGGACCAAGUCCAUCGCACUCGUCUAAAAUUUCCGGAAAUUCAAUCUAACUUUUCUUAAAGUAUCCACAAGUGUUUAUUUCACUAAAAACAGGUUCAAUGAUACUUUAAACGUUCAGAAUGAAUUUCCGUACUAGUCCUCUGGAACUCUUAAUAAGAAAUUGUUUGAUCAUAUCGAUGAAUAUUUGAGUCUUUAAACUUUCUAAUAGUUUAUAUACAAAUAUAUGUAUAUAUAUACAAAGAUAUAUAUUUUAUACACUAUGUUAUUUUUUGUGUAAAUCACUUUGAUAUGGUGCAUUUUGUAUAAGUAUUGCGCUGACUCUACAGGGGAAAAUGUGCGCAACUCGUAAAUUUGUUUCUCUAAAGGUCAAUAUGACAUUUAAAACUAAA